AUGCAGCUCCAAAGAAUCCUCGCAGCCUUGGUGUCGCUAUCCAUCGCUGUCUCAGCGGCCCCUUCGCGUCUCGUGGCACCCAAUGGCGCCCAGGUCCAGAGUGUGACUGCUAUUCUCAAGGGACAGGGAAAUGCCGACACCUUGGCUGCUGACCAGAGCAUCAGUUGCACUGUUGCCUAUACCCUGUCACUCAGCGCUGGUGCUCCUUACACUAUUGACCUGGCCAGUCUGGAUCUGCAGAACUGCACCUACACCGCCGCAUAA